AGUUCUAUUUAUCUUGUCACUUAAAUUUUCAUAAAUUAAAUAAAUAGAAAGAUGACUAUCUUAUUAGUUUUUUAGCUUAGUAUGCAUUAAAAACUUUUUUGUUUCUUUCAGUGAACAUGAAAUAUUGAAGCAAGAGUUUUUUGAAUACUCUGGUUUUCAUGGAGAAAUUGGCGCAAUUGACUACUCAUAUAGCCAUUAUUGCCCCCAAGGAUGAUGUUUCCCACUGGGAACAAAAUUAUGUGAAUCGAAAAAAUAUUCAUUCACUAAAUGUUCAGCUUGUUGUUGAUAUGCAGCAAAAAAUUUUAAAUAUCGUAGCUAGAUUUCCUGGCAGCACGCACGACUCCUAUAUUUGGAAAUCAAGCGAAUUGCGAAAAUGGCUGCAACUAUCAAAACUAAAAGACACAUGGCUCUUGGGGGAUUCUGGAUAUCCACUUGAGCCAUGGCUGUUAACUCCCAUCAGUGGAGAUAAUGUAUCUUCGCCUAAAGAGGAAUACAAUAGGAGACAUGUUUCUGGCGUUGCAAUGGCACACUGA